AAAAACCCUAAAAUCCUGUCAGAGCGAUAUAAACAGCUAGGGUUUCUAACUGCUUCUUCUCUUUCCUCAAAAGCGGCUGCAAGCGAGAAAACUCGUCGAUUUUCAAAACCGGAGAGCUCAGUCUGAUCUCUGAGACACCCCAGCCAUGUCGGAGAAAGCAGUCACCAUCAGGACAAGGAAGUUCAUGACCAACAGACUUCUUUCCAGGAAGCAGUUUGUUAUUGAUGUUCUUCACCCAGGGAGAGCCAAUGUCUCAAAGGCUGAGCUGAAGGAGAAGUUGGCAAGGAUGUAUGAGGUUAAGGACCCAAAUGCAAUCUUUGUAUUCAAAUUCAGAACCCAUUUUGGAGGUGGUAAAUCAUCUGGGUUUGGUUUGAUCUAUGACAAUGUCGAGAGUGCCAAGAAGUUUGAGCCUAAGUACAGACUCAUCAGGAAUGGACUUGACACGAAGAUUGAGAAAUCAAGGAAACAGAUUAAGGAGAGGAAGAACAGAGCCAAGAAGAUCCGUGGUGUUAAGAAGACCAAGGCUGGUGACCCCAAGAAGAAGUGAGGUGUUGAAGAGAGCUGCAGGAGCAAGGGUUUUUCUUUGCAGUGUCCCUUGUUUAUGGCCAUGUUUGCUAUUAGUCAUCGUCUAGUUCGAUUUUUUGCUUUUCAUUGUCAACCUGUUCUGUCUCGGUUUGGAUUAUGCUUUAAGCAUUAGAGAACCAUGUGCUAAGAUUUUGAUAAAUACAUUUUUUUUUCAAAA